AAGUGGAAUGAACGUUGGGAUACUGGAUAUUUUUGGAUUUGAGAACUUUACCAGGAACUCAUUUGAACAGCUUUGCAUAAACAUUGCAAACGAGCAAAUCCAGUUUUAUUUCAAUCAGCACAUUUUUGCACUUGAGCAGAUGGAGUACCAGAAUGAAGGCAUUGAUGCCCCUGUGGUUAACUAUGAAGACAACAGGCCACUCCUGGACACGUUCCUCCAGAAACCGAUGGGUCUCCUUUCUCUACUGGAUGAAGAAAGCCGAUUCCCCCAGGCAACAGACCUUACUUUAGUUGAUAAAUUUGAAGAUAAUUUACGAUGCAAGUAUUUCUGGAGACCCAAAGGAGUUGAGCUGUGUUUUGGCAUUCAGCACUAUGCUGGAAAGGUUCUCUAUGAUGCCAAUGGUUUCCUAGAGAAAAACAGAGACACACUUCCUGCUGAUAUCGUGGUAGUACUGAGGACAUCAGAGAACAGACUUCUGCAGCAACUUUUCUCAAGCCCUUUAACCAAAACAGUGUGACAGGGCAGGCAGAAAGAAGAUGUCUAUCUGUAUGGCCUGCAGAAGAUCAACAAAGGUUUCUGACCCCC